UUGGCUAAUAAAAUGUUACGAAUUUGCCGCUUCUGCUGACAUUUUCAGUGGCUUAUCAUAAAAUUCUAACACAUGUGCUGCCAUCGAUAGCCACACAAAUAUCGCGAGCUUGCAAUCAUCCCUGGGCGACACAACUGGUUGUAUAUAUAUGUAUGCAUGUACAUAUAUAUAACGCGUAUUACAUACCUAUAUAAUAUUGCCAGCUCUGCACGUGAAAUCCGAAGGCGGCGAAAGUAAUCUGUGAUCAAAUCAAAAAUGUCCAAGGCGAAGGGAAAGAAGAAAGAGCGCUUUGAUGACGACGAGGAGCAGUUGGAGAAAGUGCAGGAGAAGAAGCCGCCGCCAAACAAGAAGGGUGGCAAGAAGGGAAAGCGAGGUGGUGGCGGCGACUCCAGCGACGAGGAUGUCGCGCCCAAGAGCAGGGACAACGAGGAUCUGGAGAGCAUAGCCUCCUCGAAUCAGAGCAAACAGCAACAGGCCAAAAAGCAGGCCAAGAAGGGAAAGAAGGGGAAAAAGAACGACGACUGGAGCGACGAGGAUGAGAAGCCAGCGAAGGGUGUGCCUGCCAACGAUCAGGAUGAGGAUGAUGAGGAGGAAGCGCCUCUUUCCAAGCCAGCUGCCAAAAAGCCACCGCCCAGCAAGAAAAACAAGAAGAACAAAAAGAAAAAUGACGAUUUCUCCGACGAAGAAGAACCCAAAAUGGAUCUAGACCUGGAGGAGCCUGAAGAUGAGGAAGAGACGGUGGUGGUGGCGGCCAAACCCGCCUCCAAGAAGUCCAAAAAGAAGCAACAGGCCCAGCAAAAGAACAAAUUCGCGAUGAGCGACGAUGAAGAUGAGGAGGUUGUAGAAGAUCUGCAGGAUGAAGACGACGACGAGGAGGAGCAGCUGUCCAACAAGCCUGCGGCCAAGAAGUCAAAGAAAAAGCAGCAGAAGCAGAAACUUCCCGUCAGCGAGGACGAAGAAGAGCCAGAGGAUGAGGAUGAGCAGCCCGAAAAGGAAGUGGAGGAGCAGAAGGAAGAGAAGGUACUCAGCGAGAAAGUGGCUGCUGUGAGUCUCAAGGAAAAAACCCCGGAACCAGAACCUGAACCUAAAGAGGAACCCGAGCCGGAACCCGAACCUGAACCUGAAGCUGAACCCGAGGAGGAAAACGAAGCGGAGGCGGAACCCAAGUCCGAGGAUAGCAAGGAAGCCAAGGAAAAGAAGCUAACCCACAAGGAGAAAAAGAAGCAAAAGAAGCAACAGGAGUACGAACGCCAAAUGGAGCUGAUGACCAAAAAGGGCGGGGCUGGACACUCUGAUCUGGACAACAAUUUCACCAUGUCGCAGGUGCAGAAAAGCGCUGGUCAACAGGCGGCUCUGGAGCACGCCGUGGACAUUAAGAUCGAGAAUUUCACAAUCUCAGCCAAAGGUAACGAUCUGUUUGUGAACGCCAACCUACUGAUUGCCCAUGGACGCCGCUAUGGCUUGGUGGGUCCCAACGGACACGGCAAGACCACUCUUCUCCGGCAUAUUGCCACACGUGCCUUCGCCAUACCGCCCAAUAUCGAUGUGCUGCUCUGCGAACAGGAAGUGGUAGCCACCGACAAGACGGCCAUCGAUACGAUCCUAGACGCGGAUGUGCGACGCACAGAGAUGUUGAAGAAGGCGGAUGAUCUGGAGAAACAAUUUGCCGCUGGAGAUUUAAGUGUUCAGGAGGAGCUUAACGAUGCCUUUACGGAACUCAAAGCCAUUGGAGCUUACUCAGCGGAAGCCAGGGCUCGGAGAAUAUUGGCCGGUUUGGGUUUCAGCAAGGAGAUGCAGGACAGACCCACGAACAAGUUCUCCGGAGGCUGGCGCAUGAGAGUGUCCCUAGCUCGAGCCCUCUAUCUGGAGCCCACGCUGCUCAUGCUCGACGAGCCCACCAAUCACUUGGAUCUUAAUGCUGUGAUUUGGCUAGAUAACUAUCUGCAGGGCUGGAAGAAGACCCUGUUGAUCGUGUCCCACGACCAGAGUUUCUUGGACAACGUGUGCAACGAGAUCAUCCAUCUGGACCAGAAGAAACUUCAAUACUACAAGGGCAACUAUUCCAUGUUCAAGAAGAUGUACGUGCAGAAACGUCGCGAGAUGAUCAAGGAGUACGAGAAGCAGGAGAAGCGUUUGCGGGAGCUAAAGGCUCACGGCCAGUCCAAGAAGGCGGCGGAGAAGAAGCAGAAGGAGUCGCUUACUCGCAAGCAGGAGAAGAACAAAUCCAAGCAGCAGAAACAGGACGAGGAUGAGGGUCCGCAGGAACUGCUGGCCAGGCCCAAGGAAUAUAUAGUCAAGUUCCGCUUCCCGGAGCCAUCGCAACUCCAGCCGCCCAUUUUGGGUGUCCACAAUGUCACCUUUGCCUUUACGGGCCAAAAACCGCUGUUCAUCAAGGCUGACUUCGGCAUUGAUCUUACCAGUCGAGUGGCCAUCGUUGGACCCAAUGGUGUCGGCAAGUCCACUUUCCUAAAGCUGCUGCUCGGAGAACUUGAGCCGCAGGAGGGUGAACAGCGCAAGAAUCAUCGCCUGCAUGUGGGUCGGUUUGAUCAGCACUCCGGCGAACAUCUCACGGCAGAAGAAUCGGCUGCGGAAUAUCUGCAGCGUCUGUUCAAUCUUCCGCACGAAAAGGCGCGCAAGGCAUUGGGUUCCUUUGGUCUGGUCAGUCAUGCCCACACCAUCAAGAUGAAGGAUCUAUCUGGCGGUCAGAAGGCACGUGUGGCCCUCGCCGAGCUUUGUCUGAGUGCUCCGGAUGUCCUGAUUCUCGAUGAGCCCACCAAUAACCUGGAUAUCGAGAGUAUCGACGCCUUGGCGGAGGCCAUCAACGAGUACGAAGGUGGCGUGAUCAUCGUUUCCCACGACGAGCGAUUGAUUCGUGAAACUGGAUGCACUCUCUACGUGAUUGAGGACCAGUCGAUCAACGAGAUCGACGGCGAGUUCGAUGACUACAGGAAGGAGGUGCUCGAUUCGCUGGGCGAGGUGGUCAACAAUCCUAGCGUGGUGGCCAAUGCGGCGGUGCUGCAAUAACCCUGGAGUUGGACCCGGACUUGGAGUCCACGCCACUGGUCAUCAUCUCGUCAGCCGGCUCGCCCUCUGUUAAUUGUUCAACUGUUGAAUGGUUUAUCCGCUAGUUAGCCUUUUUAUACCAACAUAUAUACAAUAACAAAUUGUGAAAGUAAAAGUUAUUACACAAGAAA